UACCCCAAAAUUGUAUGAUGAUGGUAUCAAGUGCAGUACCAUCCUCCUAGUUCUCCAUCAUGGCAGGGAGACCAGAGGUUCCUCCAGCUGCUGCCAGGCCCUGGUGUUUCCCAAGCCCUGCGUCCUGCCCUGGGACACCCCACCACUCUGAGGCUGCUCCCCUUGGCAGAGCACACCCGGGGGAGGUGUGGGUGGGGGAGAUGAGGGCCGCUUGAAGAUCCCCACAUGACCUCACCAGAUAAGGCAAGGGGAGGGAAAGAGAGACGGAGAAAGAGAGUAAUGGUUGGAGAGGGAGGACAUAGGACCACGAUGCGCAGCGGAGAAGCUGUGACUGGAGAUUGUUAGAGGGGCUGGGGAACUGCGGUCAGAAGCGGGCGAGCUCUGGGUCUCUGUUGGUCUUCAGUAGGGUGUCUGGAGCUGGUUGGUCUUCAGUUAGGUGGACAGUCUGAGGGCACCGCAGCCUGGACACAGACAGUCCAUACGUAGGGAUCCUAAGAAGUGGGUGAGGUCUGGGUGUGUGACGGGGUGCAGCCCAGCAGGGCUAUGAAGUCCCAGCACUCCCCAGAGAACGCGGCCAGGGAGAGGAGCCGUGUGCGUAACCUCCGCCAGGCUUUCCACAGCCUGCAGGCAGCCCUGCCCUCUGUCCCCCGUGACACCAAGCUCUCCAAGCUGGACGUCCUGGUCCUGGCCACUGAUUACAUCGCCCACCUUACUGAGACCCUGGACCAGGGCGGGGCUCUCUCUGAACUCACACUGCCCCCCAGGGCAGGGGGAUACCUCCACCCAGUCAAGAAGUGGCCGAUGCGCUCCUUGCUGUACUGUGGGAGUGUGGGAGAACUGCUGUCAGCCAAUCAGACGCCAGCGUCAGGGGAGGAGGAGACACAUCCACUGACCCCUACCCCAGAGGUCGACAUGGACCGAUCCGUUUAGGACUAGGAGCGGUGAAAUACAAUAUAUCCAACUGUGAUGCUUAUGAAACUGCAGCGAAUGGCAAUGUAAUGUAUGUGCUAAACACGGAAACACCUACAAUGAUGUCAAGAUAAAAAUCAAAUACACCAAAAUCAAAGGAUCGCUUUGAUUAGCACAUGAAAUCACUCUUAUUACAGAAGCAUAAAACAUAAAUCACUACUUUGGAGAAAAGUGUGUGAAAUAUUUGUUAGGGACAGAUCUACAUUUACUGGGGAGAGGGGCUGGUCCAACUCAAGGUGUCAUAAAAAAAUAAAUGCACCCCCCCUCCCAAACGUACAAAAUAUUUUCACAUGACCCUCCCCUUGUACUGUAAAAUUAAUUGAACACCCUCCCCCCUCGUAGAAUUAACUCUAAAUGAUUAUUACGACCACAAAUAACAAUAACUGUAGCUACCCUGUGUUUAUAAACAUAGAUAUUGCCACUUUAGCAUGCUUUUGUGGCACAGUCGAUGCCACGUGGGACUAUGGGCCAGAAGGUUGAGGUUUCACUGACCACCACAGACGAGCUCAUUCUCCCUGCCUGUUUCAUUACACUAUGAUCAGAGCCGGCUGCAGACAAUGAUCAGCUAGGGGGAAAUCAGAUU